AUGACCAACACCGGCAUCUUCAGCGGCGACGGCGCACCGGGGUUGCGCGGGCCGCUGCUGGUGGCGGAGAUCACGGCCGUGUGCAGCGCGGGGUUCCUGCUCUUCGGCUACGACCAGGGCGUCAUGUCGGGCGUCGUCAUCUCGGAAUCCUGGCUCGACGCCAUGGGCCGCCCCUCGGAGCUCGUCGUCGGCACCAUCACGGCCCUCUACGACAUUGGCGCCAUCAUCGGCGCCCUGCUCGCCGCAGUUACCGCCGAGUCGCUGGGCCGCAAGCGCACACUGCUUCUGGGCGCCCUCGUUGUCGCCGCCGGCGGCCUGCUGAUGGGCGCCGCCCCCUCGCGCGCCCCCUUCAUGGCCGCCCGCGUGGUUGUCGGCGUCGGCGUCGGCUAUACGACGAGUGUGACGCCCGUCUACCAGAGCGAGAUCAGCGCUCAUGCCCAGCGCGGCUGGCACGUGUGCUGCCAGCUCACCACCAUGCUGGUCGGCCUUGCGCUCGCCUACGUGAUCAACUACGGCCUCUACUUCCGCCCGGGCUCGGCGCAGUGGCGCCUCCCGCUCAUCUUCCAGUGCGCGUUCGCCCUCUUCAUCUUGGUCUUGACGCCCUUCCUGCCCGACACCCCGCGCUGGCUGGUGCGCCACCGGGCCGACGAGGGAGGGGCCACUGCCUCGCGCGGGCUCGCCGUGCUGGCGCGGCUUAGGGGCAAGCUUGAGGAUGACGAGGGUAUCCGCCGCGAGAUGGCCGAGAUUCAGGACGCCAUCGCCCGCGAGUCCAAGGAGCGCGCGGCAUGGGCCGAUUUGUUCCGGUCCCACGGCGUCAAGGCCGACAAGCGCCUCUACCUGGCCGUGGGCAUCCAGUUGAUGCAGCAGGCCUCGGGCAUAAACAUCAUCACAUACUACGCGCCGACGCUGUUCACAGCCAGUCUCGGCAUGAGCCAGGAGCGAGCGCUGUUCCUGGGAUGCUUCACGCAGAUAUGGUACGUCUUCGCAUCGCUCGUGACAUGGUACACCAUCGACCGCAUUGGGCGGCGCAAGCUGUUCAUCACCAUGGCGCUGGCCAUGAGCAUCAUCCUGGUCGGCGAGGCGCUCGCUACGGCGACGGGGACCCGUGCAGGCGCCGUGGCGGCUGUUGUCUGCCUGCUUCUGUUCGAGGCCUGCUUCUCGUGGGGUUGGAUGGCCUGCGUGUGGAUCUACCCGCCCGAGAUCCUGCCGCUGAGCAUCCGCGCCAAGGGCUCCGCGCUGGCGACGGCGGCCGACUUCCUCGGCAACUGGUUCGUCGUGCAGGUGACGCCAGUCGGCAUCGCCAAGAUGGGCUGGCGGUUCUAUCUCAUUUGGGCCGCGUUCAACCUCGUCAACGCCGUCGUGGUGUGCAUCUUCUACCCCGAGACGGGCGGGCUCCAGCUCGAGGCCGUCGACCACGUCUUUACCGAGCAGCUGGAGCGCACUGCAUCGUCGCCUGCCACGGGUUUGGGGCUGCUGGUGGAAAAGUUGCAGUGGGCGCCGGUCAGGGUUGCUGCGCAGGCCGUCGAGGAGAGCAAGGCUCGUGCUCGUAGACUUGGAGAGGAACAGGGUCUCCUAGAGGAUGAGAGCACCGCAGACUACGGCAUAUAG